AUGGGUAUCUCACGGGACUCUCGGCACAAGCGCGCCGCCACCGGUGCCAAGCGAGCGCAACUGCGUGCAGGGAAGAAGAGAGCCUUCGAGUUGGGUCGCCAGCCCGCGAACACGCGUAUCGGUGCCAAGCGCAUCCACGUUGUCCGCACCCGCGGUGGCAACCACAAGUACCGUGCGCUCCGUCUUGACUCGGGCAACUUUGCCUGGGCCUCGGAGGGCUGCACCCGCAAGACUCGUGUCAUUGUGGUCGCAUACCAUCCUUCGAACAACGAGCUUGUCCGCACCAACACCCUGACCAAGUCCGCCGUUGUCCAGAUCGACGCUGCGCCCUUCCGUCAGUGGUACGAGGCUCACUACGGCCAGCCCCUCGGCCGCCGCCGCCAGCAGAAGCAGGGCCAGGUUGUUGAGGAAACUAAGAAGAGCAAGUCGGUUGAGAAGAAGCAGGCCGCCCGCUUUGCCGCCUCCGGCAAGGUCGAGCCCGCUCUGGAGAAGCAGUUCGAGGCCGGUCGUCUGUACGCCGUCAUCUCCAGCCGUCCCGGCCAGUCCGGCCGCUGUGAUGGCUACAUCCUGGAGGGUGAGGAGCUCGCCUUCUACCAGCGCAAGCUCCACAAGUAA